AUGUUAGUUUCGGAGGCUGUUUUAGAUAAUGAGUUUGUUAUGGCGCGAGUGAGUUUGGAGUUUCCGAACGGGGCGAAUGGGGAACCAUUGGUCACAAUAGGACAGGAAAUGUUGGAUGCUAUGCAUGGUCUUUGGAAACAGUGUAUGAUUGUUAAGGUUUUUGGCAAGCAUAUUAGACUCUCGGUUCUGAGUAGGAGACUUCGGGAAAUGUGGAAGCCGAAAGGGGCCAUGUAUGUUAUGGAUCUGCCACGACAAUUCUUUAUGGUUCGUUUUGAACAAGAGGAUGAGUAUUUGGCAGCUUUAAUUGGUGGUCCAUGGAGAGCGUUUGGUAGUUAUUUGAUGGUACAAGCUUGGUCUCCGGAUUUUGAUCCUUUGAAGGAUGAGAUCGUUACGACACCGGUGUGGUUACGUUUAUCUAAUAUACCGAUCAGUUUCUACCACCAGUCGAUUCUGAUGAGUUUUGCUCGUGGUCUAGGUAAACCAAUUAAGGUGGAUCUAACGAUGUUGAAGUUUGAAAGGGGUCGUUUUGCUCGGAUAUGUGUGGAGGUCGACUUGAGGAAUCCUUUGAAAGGCACGAUUUUGGUGAAUGGAAAGCGUUAUUUUGUGUCCUAUAAGGGUCUGUCGAAUAUAUGCUCUGGUUGUGGUCUGUAUGGUCAUAUGGUUCAUGCUUGUCCAUUGCGGGUUCAGGACCAACCUGUUGCGCUAGCUACUCCGGCUGUUGAGAUGGCGGUGUCGGAGCCAGUGCAAAGAGAUGAUGGGUUUACGGAGGUCAGACGCGGGGGGAGGAAGUCAUGA